GUGGCCGCGGGGAGAGCGCGGGCCGGGGAUGUGGCCCCUGGAUGAUACUGGGGCCGCCAAGCGGCAGGAGUCCGGGCUGCCGCUGAUGGACAUCCCGUCUCCGGGCUCCAGGCUGGAGCCGGCGGCUGCGGAGGUAGUGGAGACGCCCGGCCCCGGAGGGUACUGGCAGUGCCCUUCCUCGCCGUGCGGCUCGCGUGCCCAGCAGGAAGCUGAGAAGAAAGCACCCUGUCCUGGACUUGGCUUGUUUUACACAUUAUUGUCUGCGUUCCUUUUCUCAGUGGGCUCCUUAUUUGUUAAAAAAGUGCAAGACAUCCAUGCUGUAGAAAUUAGUGCAUUCCGAUGUGUGUUCCAAAUGCUAAUCAUCAUCCCUUGCUUAAUAUACAGAAAAACUGGGUUUAUAGGCCCCAAAGGUCAACGAAUCUACCUGCUCCUCAGAGGAGUCCUUGGUUCUAACGCCAUGAUCCUUUUGUACUAUGCCUACCAGCUGACGUCUCUCGCAGAUGCCACGGUUAUCUCCUUUAGCUGCCCGGUGUUCACCUCUAUAAUUGCUUGCAUAUUUCUCAAGGAAAAAUACAGCCCCUGGGACGCCCUCUUCACUGCCUUCACCAUCACUGGAGUGAUACUGAUUGUGAGGCCACCAUUUUUGUUCGGUUCCGAAGUCGCGGAGACGGAUAAAGACUAUUCAGUUCACGUGAAGGGCGCAUUGGUGGCCCUCGCGCAUGCUGUGUUUGCUGCCAUGACUCUGGUUAUCCUCAGAAAAAUAGGGACAUCUGUGGACUACAUGUUGAGCAUUUGGUAUUAUGUCAUCAUUGGCCUCAUCGAGUGCGUCAUUGUCCUUUCUAUUUUAGGAGAAUGGCGUCUUCCGCACUGUGGGUUGGACAGGCUGUUUCUCAUACUAAUUGGGAUGUUUGGUUUGGGAGGUCAGAUGUUUCUGGCAAAAGCCCUUCAGAUAGAAAAGGCAGGCCCAGUAGCAUUAAUGAAGACCAUGGAUGUGGUCUUUGCUUUUAUCUUUCAGAUUAUUUUCUUUAAUGACAUGCCGUCAUGGUGGACAGUGGGUGGCUCCCUAUGCGUAAUAGCCAGUAGCACUGGAGCAGCCAUUCGUAAAUGGUGCCAUAGUACCAAAUAAAGCAUCACUGCCAAAAUGUGUAUUUUUUUUAAAGUACACUGUCACCCAGUUCAGACACACAGUGGACACACACACACCUGGAAAAUCUGCAUUUACUUCAUUGAUUAUAUUUAAUACAUUUCAUAAAGUAUCAUCUUUAGUUGAGAAUAAGCCAGUCAGUUGGGUGUAGCAGUGAUUUAUUUAGUCAAUUAUUUUUUGGUUUUGGAUUUUUGUUGUUGUUGGGGUGGCAUUGGUAGGUGUUGGUAAGAGGAUAGAUCAUUCUUUGAAGAAAAACUGCACAAUUUUUGACUCUAAGUAUAAAUAUAUGUAAUUUUUAGAAGUGUAUUUUUGGUACUGAUGGGAUAUAGAUGGGAGGAAAUUUUAGAUUCUCUUUCAGCAGUGUAGAGGCUGAAAAACUUACUGAUAAUAAUGCUGCUAUAUAGUUAGUGUUAUGCUGAGAAUUCAUUUGAAAUGUAAUCCCAUUUAGGAGGCCAAAGCUGAAACUUGGAGUAGGUGCCUACUUAAUGAUAUUAAUAAAACAAAUGAAUUAGCCUUAUUUUCAAGGCUUUUAUAGACAAUUGUCAUUCUUUUAACCCGUAUUUGUGCCUUUUCACUUUAAUGCUAAAACUUUUAUGCAUGAACUUAAAAAAAAGAAAAUCUUUGCAUCACCACAUCUGGCUAAUAGUUUUCUGUUUUAGUGGCAUUAGCAACUGUAGCUACAUUCUGUAAUUCUAAUUGUCCUCUUUUUUUUGAAACACCCCUAAAUUUUUCUUAACCUUCUAAGAUUUUAGGUGUUUAAAAAUCAUAAGAAAGAAAUCUUGGCAUAAGCAGUAUGCACAUUUCCAUUCUGAAGUGUUUUCCCCAUAAUAGAAAUGUGAUUUUCUAUAAAUUUUAUUUGAAUUUAUGGUGUGAUGCCAAAUAAAAUUUUCUCAGGGUUUUAUUCACUUUAACCAUAAGAAACUGAUGAGAUUUUACCUUUUCAACUUACAAAAAUCAUAGUUCCUUAUGGUUCACCCUAUUAAGAUACCUCUCUUACCUUCUAAACCAAAUACUUAAGGGACUUUGGAGUAUAUUUUUUAAAUUACUUUUUAAAAUACAGUAAUCCUAGUAAACUUAUUUUUGUAGUCUUUUUCCCUUAUAGGAUUUUAUAUAAUAAUGCUUCAUGUUAUAUAUUAAAUGUAAAGACCUGUGAAUCCACAAUUAAUUGAUUUUUGUAAUUUCUUGAAAAAAAAGAAUCACUGUUAAAUUCUAGUGUAUCAGUAUGAUCUUAAGUGUCAGUGCUGAACCAUGAUACUAACCUCAUGAGUUCAAACAACACAUUUUAUAUCUGGAAUUUUCUUCAGGCCAGUACUCUGGAGUUAAAGAGAGAAUGUAAUAUUUAGGAGAACUUGAGAGGUUAAUCAGGAAAUAGAGAGUACAUACUAAUGGCUCUUUGUCACAGUGAACCCUUUAUUGGUAGGGCUUCAGCUCUUAACUGUAUCAGACCUAGCAUCUGUGAUCUUAAGCCUACAGAUUUGAACGCUUAUAGGCUCUUUCCCAUUGUUUCAUCACAAAUCUGCCAAAGUAAGAAAGAACUUGGCUUCCGAGGUUUAUGCCUUGGUGAGAAACGAUCCUUUCCAGUAGUUCCCAGAGGAAAUUUUUGGCUUGCUGAUCUUCCCAAGUGCUUCCCACCAGACAAAUCCUAAAUGAAGUCUAUUUAGGAGAGUCACACUAUUAUUAUAACUUUAGCCUACUCUGCAGUAUUCAAGUUUAGAGUUGCAGAACCAUCAUUUUGCAGCUAUGUUAGAUAAUUAUAGACUUGGAGCUUCCUAGGGCUCAAAGGUUAGAGAUCCUCUUGUAGGAGAUAUACUCCACGGUUAGGGAUGCUAGGGAGGGGACCUACCUAAGAUGGGUUUCCAUGGUCUUAUUUAUCCUUCCUUUAGUUCCAAGGUAAAGUAUGGAAAGUAAACCACUGCUUGAGAUAUCUAAGGUUAAUUAACUCUCAGGGAUGCCUCUCCUGGUUCUCUACCUUGCACAAUAAAAGAACCAAAUGGGACCUUGGAAGUUACAUCCCUCUGGGCCUGUACAUUUCAACAAAGUGGUUUAAGUACUUGAAUGUCACAACAUAUGACCAAAGUUGGAGAAAAUGUUUCUUCUCCUGACUUUUACAGGGUGUGAUUCUUAAAAGCUUUUAUAAUGUCCAAGUUAUAUACAAGGAUGUGUAUUGUAACAAUUGUGGGUGUGUAUAUUUUGCAAAGACUUCAGUUCCUAUAUCUUGAAAAGGAAACUAUUUUCAUAAACUGCUUCUAUUUUAUAAUUACUAAUAAAAUUAAUAUGAAA